AUUAUGACAUCCUAGCCAACCAAGAGAGAGAAAGAAGAGAGAGAGAGAGGUUUUAUGUUACACAGUCACACACACACACAGAGAGAAACAAUAGGCACUGCUCAGAGCUAAAAAGCUCAUCACCUGCAAACAAAUCAGAGAGCGAGAGAGAGAGAGAGAGAAAGAGACUUAAAUUUGUGUGAGUAGAGAGCGCAGAGGAGAGAGAGGGUAUGGCGGCGUUGCAGAGAGAGGGAACUUCUGCGGGAGUCAUAAAUGCUUGGAAAUUACAGACAAACAGAGUAGCACAGUGAAGGGGAGGAAUUAAAAGCGCGAUUAACGCUGCCAAACAGAGUCGUAGCUACUUCUUUCUCACUCUCUCUCUCUUCAACUUUUCAUUUUUCACUGCAAUCUCUUCAAACAUUUACAAAAAGAUUAAAACUUCAAGGUGAAUAGUAAAUACCCAUUAGAGGAAUUGGGUCGGAGUUUGAAUUUGAUAUGGAUUUUCUGUCACAAUUUGGGUCUGGGUUAAGGAAGAAGCAGCAGCAAUGGCUGGUUUUUUCUCAUUAGGCAGAGGCGGCAGCGACGACCAACAUAACAGCAACAACCCGCCGCCGCCUGAUCACCACCACCGCCAUCAAAUUGCUCCGGAGACGUUGUUCUGGUACAAAAAUGAGGACGUGGCAAACCAGCCGUACAAGGGCUUCGAGCUGUGGCAGCAACAGGAGCAGCUCCUUCAGCUCCAAACCCAGCCGUCGCAGCGGCUCUACCAGCCUCAUCCCCACCACCAUCAAGAUCUCUACGCUUCUGCGGCUGCUCUAGGGGUGGGUCCCAGCAGCAGGGGAUCGGAUGACACUUCAUCGUCGAGGUCGGCCGCAGCGGCGUUUACGACGAUGAGGUCGUCGUCAGGAGGAGGAAGCGGAGGAGUCGCCAGCUGUCAAGACUGCGGGAACCAAGCGAAGAAAGACUGCAUACACAUGAGGUGCAGGACUUGCUGCAAGAGCCGAGGGUUCGACUGUCCGACCCAUGUCAAGAGCACGUGGGUCCCGGCGUCGAAACGUCGUGAGCGGCAGCAGCAACACCAUCACCAACAGCAAGAUCAUAUGCAACACCACCAUCACCAACAACAGCAGCAGUUUCAAGUGAUUCGAGGAGAAAAUUCGAAAAGACUGAGAGAAAAUCCGAGCUCGAAACCCUCUCGUCGUAUUCUCACAAACACAAACACUUCAGAGUUGGAUGUGGUGAAUUUCCCGCCGGAAGUGAGCUCGCCGGCGGUAUUUCGCUGCGUGAAAGUGAGCGCAAUCGACGAGGAGGAUCAGUACGCGUACCAGACGGCUGUGAACAUCGCAGGCCAUUUGUUCAAAGGAAUUCUUUACGACCAAGGACCCGAAUCCCCUAACUACAAUAUGAACAUGGCAGCUGAAACCUCGUCUGCUGGUGGAGUUAAUUUCCAACCGCUCAAUCUCGUCGUGGGAGCCACCACCGCCGUUAACACAGCUUCCAUUGACGGUGGUGGAGGCCAUGAGGGAGUGGCAGUGGCGGGUUCGACGAUUGUUAUAGAUCCUUCUUCUCUAUACCCAGCUCCAAUUAACACAUACAUGGGUACGCAAUUCUUCCUACCACCAAGAUCUUGAUGGAACAAAAAGUUACACUCCCCACAUUCUUCUUAUUCUUCUUGACUACCCACGUACAACGACCAACUAUUCCGUAAGUGUGUCCUCUCAUCUUUUGAUAAUAUUUUGUACCAAAAAUUGACCCCCCCCCCCCCCCAUUUGGACUAGCUGUAGCUAGGAAGCUAGAAAAAGAGAGCAGAAAGAAAAUAUUGAUGCGCGACGAGGAACGUAUUUGUUUUGUUGACAGUUUCUAGUGCUUGUUAAUUGGUUAAUUUAAAUGUCAUCAUCUAUUAUGACGAA